AUCGGCAGUAAGGGUGUAGGACAAGGCGGCGCCAGCCUCGGGGCAGGACUUCCGGAUGCUCUUCGCUCACGGCCUACUUCGUACACCCAAAGCGACCGGCUUAAGCAACACGUCGCCGACAGCUCUAGCUACCCAGGCUAUCCAAACGGCUUUCGACGCCGAUACGACGAUGACGAGAAGUCUGUCAGUACUGCCUUCGCCAGCCAGAUCGGCAGUGGAUUCGAUUGAUUCGUUCAAAGUGGAAAGUACAAGAAUUGUGCUUGGACAUUAAUAGAUGCGCUAGAUAGGGGAGGCAGCACCCAAUCCCAUCCUGCCCCGGCCCCUUAAUUAGCAAUCAGCACAGCCCGAAUCCGGCAUCAGGACGUCUUUGUCUUUGGCGUAUCCCAGCCUACGGGACUUUGCAACCUCGCAGCUCUCCUCGAGGCACUGCUUAUAGCUGAUUCAACAGCAGGAACCGAGCUCAAGCCGCCGCGCUAAUGCUCAGGCCUGGCAGAAGUCCCUAGCUGGGCACUGCGACAUAGGUUGCUCAACUGGACGGUUUGAUCUGGUAGAGGAAGGGAGGGAGGAAGGGAGGAAGGAGAAGAUGAGAGCAAGGACGCGACGUUAUUACAGUGGAUGCCGCCAACUGUGAAAUUCGAUGAGACGGGGGGCUCGAGACAGCUACCACGAGGCCCAACAAGCAGCGCGGCCAGUUGUUCUUCGCCCGCGAAACACGGCAGGUUCGAUAUGGCCCUUCUGGUCCAAGAGCCGUCGCGUUCUAUGGGACUCGGUGCCCAUAACGACCUCCAUGCCCUGUACGGAAGUUUGCCGUGUGUGACUGGCCACUUAGGUAGACACUCACGUAGAAACUUAAGUAGAUGUCACUUAUCAAUAUACAUUCGUUCACCUAA